AUGACGCCGUGGAGUCAAACCUCAUUCCAACUGGCGGUCCGGAAAAAGUCGAGAUACAAUGCCACGCAUCUCGCUGGAUCGGCUAUUGUACAGGAGUAUCGUGUGAUGAUCCAAGAAAGGCUUGAGUAUUUAUACUUAACCACAGGCUUAUGGAAUGUGCUACUGAGGGUUCUCUCCGAUGACCCAGGAGCCCUUUACUAUGACCUAGGCCAACCCAACUUGGACGUCGAGGCGAACAUAGCAGGCUUCUGUCGACCGAAGACGGAGGUCGAGAGACGCGGAAAACAAUUGCCGAUCUGGGAAACCAUUUUCAGCCUCAUUCGAAUCCAGAUUCCUGAAGAUGAAUUACGACAGAAUCCCCCCAAACUCUGGCUACGGUUUUAG